AUGGCGCUUCCAUCCGCUACAUGCUCUGCCCAAGAGAAAGGAAGCAGUAGCCCUAGUUACUGCUCUGCCGGGGCCAAUCCAAGCAAUAGCAACUGUUGCUCUACCCAAGGCAUCUGCAAUAAGAACGAUACCUGGGUUUCCCAAGGCGUUCAGAUCCCUUAUGCUAUGUGCAUUUGCAUUGUUGGGGGCGGGAACAUAGCAGGCGCCGCCGCCGCUUGGUUGGCAAGGCAGCACAAGAACCUUUGUGUGCACGUCCUCACAAGGCAGCCAGGAAGGUGGACCCGGAACGUUAAAGUCAGGGCGAACCCUCUGUGCAGAUGGGCUUCCAUGGAACCAUAUGAAGCGAACAUUAAGGUGAUAACUGACGACCCGGCGGUGGCAGUAAGUAGCGCAAGUCUUGUUAUGCUUGCCGCCCCAGCACAUGUGCACUUGGACCUGCUGAAAAAGGUUAAGCCCUAUCUCAAACCUGGAUGCAUCCUCGGGACUCUCUUUGCGCAAGGAGGCUUUGAUUGGGCUGUAGAAAGUGCCCUGGGUACUACUCAGUGCCAACUCAGUGCGGUCUUUGGUCUGCAGCACGUCCCGUGGCUAGCUCGCUGGGAGGAGUACGGCAAGUCUGUCGAGAUUAUUGGUCCGAAGGAGUUUUUGUGUAUGGCAGUUUCUCCCCCGUGUGCAAGAUCAAUGGUGCAGAUGAUAAUGCAGUUCUGCUUCGACCAACCUUGCAAGCUGCUUCCCAAUUUCCUUAGCUUGACCCUCACCCCAAGCAACCAAAUCAUCCAUCCGGCAAGGUACUAUUCUAUCUUCAAGCACUGGGACGGCGUUCGCGCUUACCGCCAAGAUGAAAUUUCAUGGGGGUUAUACACUGAAUUUGAUGCAGAGGCCGCAAAGUAUUUGGCUUUAAUGGACGAAGAAUUGCAGAGCAUUAAACGGGCACUCAUUCAAAAAUGCCCUGAUUUGGACCUAAGCACUGUUCGCCCAGUUCAAGAGCGAAUUGUUGAACAAUACGGUGAUGAUGUGAAGGACCGCAGCAGUUUGCAGACAGUGAUGUCGUCCAAUAAGGGCUAUGCAUCGUGCCGCACGCCAACCAUUGCAGUGCCAGGCGGGUUUCACCCGUGCGUCCAGGGCCGCCUAUUCCAAGAAGACGUGCCGAGCGGCCUGUGCGUACUACGUUGUAUCGCCGAGAUGGUGGACGUGCCCACCCCUACCAUAGACCUGAUGAUCAAGUGGCACCAGAAAUGGAUGAACAUCGAGUUUCUCAAGGACGGAAAGCUAAACCCAGAGACAAUACACCUCACCACCACACCAGCUAGAUACGGGAUCACCACCGUUGAACAGCUAGCCGCAACAACCCUCCGAGGCUGCAGCGGCUCAGCCCAGGUGUCCAACAAAUAA